AUUAUUGCAUAUUAUUUAUCGAAUUGUGCCCGGAGUCCAGUGAUAUUUGUUUACGCUGUGCCUUUUCAUGACGACAAGCAAGCAUUGUUUUGUUUAACUAUAGAUAGCUACUACGAUUGAAAAUGAUGAUAAAAUGAAAAAGAUGACACAAACGAGGAAAAACAAACAAACAUGUUUUUCUGCAAAUUAAAGUAAAAUAAUCCAAAUUUAUCCAGAAUUCACGAAUUUGGUCCCAUUCAAGAUAUUUCCACAUAAACUAAAAGGGGCCAUUUCCAAAAAUUUGGCUUAUAUUGUAGUUGGUCAUUAAAUUCUUUAUAUCGAUAAAUUUAAACAUUGGAUCUAAAAAGCUCUUAAAAAAAAACAAGAAUAAAAUUAAAGACAGAAAAAAGUAACCCUCAACAGGGCUCAAACCACUGACCCCUGGUGUAAAAGUCAAUCGCUUAGACCACUCGGCCAUCUAAUUUUGAGUUAUGAAUCAGACGACUUCACAAUUGUGAACACAACAUUUGUUUUACAAAUUUUAAUUGAGAACUCUCCCUUUGGUGUGACAUCGUCGGAAUUAGGUUAAUACUGCAAGUAGUGAAUGUUAUUGCGGGGUUUAUGGAACUAUCACCUUUACUCGUUAAACAUGCUGUAAAUGAGUAAGUUUUACCACAGGAGAGAAUCCCGUAUUUUUUAAAUAUUUUUUAUAUAAAUAUGUAUAUAUAUUUAUGAAUCGCGCCAUGAGAAAACCAGCACAAAUGACAUCGGCGACGUCAUUGGCAAAUCGUCAUUUUCAUUACGUCAUAAUUUUCUGCGAAAGAUUGAUUUGAAUUUGUGCGUGAGAUAUUUGUGUACACGUGUGUUUUAUUUCGUUUUUAUGGAAUGGAUGCCGGAGGAUUUGGAAAGUAUCAUCUCAGACCACUUUGGUCGUACCCCGUCGAGUACACCCGUUUGUUCCCAGACAUUGGAGGCGAGUGACGAGAGCGACGUGGAUACUACCAACUACGCCGACAUCUGUCAGGGUCGUGUGAGGUCUAUGGUGAGUAAAAAUAUUGAUACAAGUGAUGACAACGAUAGCAACAACGAAGACGAUCAAAUCCAUGGUCGAUCACUGUCAGAAGAUGAAAACCAUGUUCACAACGUAACAAGCGCUGGCGUACAUGAACAAGGAGAUUGUGACCCUGAUAGGUUAGCUGUAGAGCAUUUCAUGAAGGGAUGUGGAUGUGGCAGGCAUUGUCAAAAGAACUUCACGCCAUCUUCGGUGUAUCAGUCUAUUUAAGACAUGCGUGAGAAAAGUAAAGAUGAAAAAGAAAUGUUCCUUAUGGGAAUUUUAAGUAAUUGUUCGGAUACCUCUUCUAGCACUAAGAGAGGUAAGAGACGUUCCCGCGUGCGCGCACACUUUUCAAUUAAUGGUGCUUCAGUGUGUAGGGAAACUUGUCAGCUGU